CUCGUUUUAAGCGAACCAAUCAGGUCCUACCAUUUCCCAAUUCCACCUUGUCAAGUUGAAGUCGCCUUCCUCUCAUCCCUCCAUUUCUCUCCGCGUCUUCUCUGCAUCCCUAGCUUCAAGUCUUCAGCCUCCAUUUCUUCCGACGAUCUCAGCUAUGGGCGGCGGCAAUCGGUGGUUGAGGCCUGAGGUGUAUCCUCUGUUCGCCGCGACGGGAGUUGCUGUAGGGAUCUGCGCCUUCCAACUGAUCCGCAACAUCUCCGGCAAUCCUGAAGUCAGGGUGAAGAAGGAUAACAGGGCAGCGGGGAUACUGGAGAACUUUGCGGAGGGGGAGAAGUACUCGCAGCAUGCUCUUCGGAGGUUCGUGCGAGACAGGGCGCCGGAGAUCAUGCCCAAACUCAACAGCUUCUUCUCCGACCCCAAAUGAAAACCCUAAUUGCUGUUCUAAUACAAAAGAAAUGGAAUUUGGUGGAGGACAAUUACUGUGAUAGAACACUCAAAGAUUGGUGUUGCAGUUUACUGGACCGCAUAUUUUGUUCUCAGAAAAUAAGAACCGGUUUCUGGAAUUUGUGGAAUGUACCAUUGAUUGGAUGCAUGUUUGAUUUGUCUAUUGAUCUUGUGAUUAUGAUGUGGUGUUCUAUGACCCGGAUUUCAGUGCUCGUGUUUCGUUCUUACAGUGUUCCGGCUCUUGCUUGUUCGGAGUAUUAUACGUUCGUAUCAUCGCUACCUAGAAAAUGUAUUGCAAGUUUUUGAUUCCUUUGGAAGG